AUUCCUGUCACAAUUAUUUAUUAAACCUGCUAAACUCUGCUUAUUCUACCAAUGACAGAUGAAAUAUGCAAUAUUUAAGACUGUUCAUGUAUAUAGAAUUCUCUACAUCAAUACUUGAAUAUGUAGUAUUCAAACUUCAGCCUGGGACUAACAACAAGGGUCAUGCACGGUUCACUAGGCCAUGCUUAUUAUAGCAUCUAGCACCAGGCAGAAUGUUUCAUCAAGUCAAAGCCGUCACAUGACCAUCUUCUUUUAAGAUAUAAUUAAGUUACGAGUUAGACAACUAGACUAGCUUGAUAUGCCGAGCGGUACGAGUACGAGAGACGCCAUAGCAAACUGCCUGUUGACUUCCUUUUCCCUUCUCUUGUCGGGUCAACUGAAUGAUGGACAAUUCACAACAUGGUUCGGAGCCAGAGGCUCUGCCUGUGUACUCGAUAUCUCCACAUGACGGCCACAUCAAUAUCGACCUGGAAUCCAGGAUUGCCCAGACGCUCGCGAGGAUUAUCGAGCUCGAGACGGAAGACGAGCAUCACCCGCCGCCCGAGUACACCCCCCCAACACCAACUGUGACGGGGUGUCCCGUGAAGCUCAACAUCGUCAUCCAGAUUGUGGGCAGCCGCGGCGAUGUGCAGCCGUUCCUGGCGCUGGGCCAGGCCCUCCAACAACAUGGCCACCGGGUCCGCAUCGCCACGCAUGAGGUAUUCGCCGACUUUGUGCGCGGCGCUGCCGGCGGCGUCGAGUUCUUCCCGAUAGGGGGCAACCCGGCAGAGCUGAUGGCAUUCAUGGUGAAGAACCCGGGCCUGAUUCCGCAGCUGAAGACAGUCCGCGGGGGAGAGAUUGCGCGCAAAAAGGCGAUGGUGGCAGACAUGCUGGAGGGAUGCUGGCGGUCGUGCCUCGAUCCCGACCCGGUCACUGGCCGGCCCUUUGUGGCCGACGCCAUCAUCGCCAACCCGCCCUCGUUUGCCCAUGUCCACUGCGCGCAGGCCCUGGCCAUCCCCGUCCAUCUGAUGUUCACCAUGCCGUGGACGAGCACCCGCGACUUUGCCCAUCCGCUCGCCAACCUGCGCUCCGCCUCGUCCAUGAACCCGCGCACCGCCAACUGGGUUUCCUAUGGCUUGGUGGAAUGGCUGACCUGGCAGGGCUUGGGCGGCGUGAUUAACCGCUGGCGGGUUUCCAUCGAUCUCGACCCGAUUCCGACUAUCAAAGGCCCCAGCCUGGCGGAAGCCCUAAAAAUCCCUUUUACCUAUUGCUGGUCACCGGCUCUGGUGCCCAAACCGGCGGAUUGGCCGGCUUACAUUGAUGUCUGUGGCUUCUUCUUUAGGGACCCUCCUCGCUUCAACCCCCCCGAAGAUCUAGAAAAGUUCCUGCAGGCAGGCCCGCCACCGGUAUACAUCGGAUUUGGCAGCAUUGUCGUCGAGGACCCUCAGGCGCUGAUCCAAACCGUGCUGGACGCCGUGACGCAGUGCGGUGUGCGGGCUAUCGUCUCCAAGGGUUGGAGCAACAUCAUGGGCGACCAACAGGACCAUGUCUUCUAUCUUGGGGACUGUCCACACGAAUGGCUCUUCCAGCAUGUUUCCGCCGUAGUGCACCACGGAGGAGCCGGCACCACCGCCUGUGGCCUGUUCAACGGGCGUGCAACUACCAUCGUCCCUUUUUUUGGCGACCAACCAUUCUGGGGCAAGAUGGUCGCCCAGGCCGGGGCAGGCCCGGAACCGAUCCCAUAUGCCUGUUUAACAGCCGAGAAGCUCGCGGCGGCGAUUCAGUUCUGUCUGACGCCCGAGGCGACAGCGGCCGCGCAGGCUAUCGCUGCCACAAUGCGGGCUGAGUCGGGCGUGGCAGCCGCGGUGAGCUCGUUCCAUCGCAAUCUGCCGCUGGACCGAAUGCGGUGCAGUCUGAUGCCUAAUCAGCCGGCUGCGUGGAGAUAUACCCGCCGUAAAGAUCUGCUUCUCUCCAAGGCUGCUGUCAGCAUCUUGUUGAAACACGGCUGCAUCAAUGAGAGAUAUUUAGUCCUGCAUCGUGUCAAGCCAGUCGUGAUUGAAAACCGGCGUUGGGAUCCAUUAACAGGCAUGGCGGCAUCCCUGACAUCCACCGGGUCCAGCAUGCUGCAGUCGACUACUGACAUGCUGGUUAAUCCAUACCAUGCGUACCGGCGCCAGCUGCCAUCACUAAGCGCUGAACGGUCAUUUUCCAGCGUGGCACUCACGGCCGGCAGCAUGGCUGGUGCGAGCCUGCAGGGAUUCGGCAAGUUCACGGCAAGCUACUUCAAGGGUGUGAUUGUCGAUUUCCCCCAUGCCGCCGCUGAGGGCUUCCGCCAGGUGCCGCGCAUGUACGGCGAAACGCCGACGGACUAUGGGCCCAUUGAAGACUGGAAGUCGGGCAUGGUGAUGGGCGGGCGCAACUUCUUCGACGGCUUGACCGAUGGCGUCGGCGGCUUUUUCGUACAGCCGGUCCAGGGGGCCAAGAAAGAGGGUGCCUUGGGUGCGAUCAAGGGGGUGGCCAAGGGUACUCUGGGGCUGAUCACUAAAGUACCUUCUGCUGGCAUUGGAUUGGUAGCGUAUCCGUUUGAGGGCAUCGCGAAGAGCAUCGAAGGAGCGUUCAAAUCCAAGACACCCAAGGCGAUUGUGCGUGCCCGACUGCACGAUGGAUAUGCCCAGUUGCAAGCAAUGGGCUUAUCUGAAGAGGAAGAAGAUCGAGUUCUCCAGGCGUUUGAUACAAUUCUUUAGAUGGGGAGCAUUAUACCAAUUCUAACUUGCUCAUGUUCUAGAAACAGUACUUAUAUACCCUAUUCUCAUUGAGAAUGCUAUAACUAGCAGCUAUCAACAGAUAUAAUAUUUAUCCUUGGAUGAGGUGGUA